UGUUUUGCACAGUUAGACGAGAAGGGACUGUGUAGGGUUCUUCGUGAGGCGGAAUUUUCUCAACAACAUUUCACGCUUCUAUUGACCUUUGAAGAGCCAAUAUAUCACUUAGGCGCGUCUGUUUUUAUUUACGCCGCAGAAAUGGCCUCGAUUCGAUUACAUCUGCGGAAGUUAUUACAUUUUAGCCUUAUCUGCGUCACUUUGUUCUUAAAUAGCCUGCCUGUUGUGGUCACAAUGUACAGGAAACCCAACAUUGUUUUGAUAUUAACAGAUGAUUUAGACGCUGAUAUGGGUGGCAUGGUUCCACUUAACAAGACAAGAAAGUUAAUAGGUGAUUCUGGAAUCACUUUUACCAAUGCGUUUGUUGCUAGUCCGCUGUGCUGUCCGAGUCGUGCCAGCAUCCUGACGGGAAAGUACCCCCACAACCACCAUGUAAUCAACAACACCUUGGAGGGCAACUGCAGCAGUCAAGCCUGGCAGAAGAGCCAGGAGCCAGGGACCUUCCCCGCCCUGCUGCAGAAGAGCUACUACCAGACCUUCUUCGCUGGCAAAUAUCUCAACGAGUAUGGGAACCCAAACGCAGGGGGUGUGGAACAUGUGCCUCCAGGUUGGGACUACUGGUUUGCCCUGGAAAGAAACUCUAAGUACUACAACUACACCCUGUCUGUGAAUGGAAAAGCGCAGAAACAUGGACAGAACUACAGCCAGGACUACCUGACAGACGUGCUGGCCAACAUGUCGUUAGACUUCCUGCAGUACAAGUCGAACUACCGGCCCUUCUUCAUGAUGGUGUCCACCCCUGCCCCCCACUCGCCAUGGACAGCGGCUCCCCAAUACGAGAGCACCUUCCCCAACGCCAAAGCGCCACGGGACCCCAACUUCAAUGUCCACGGCAAGGACAAGCACUGGCUCAUCAGGCAAGCCAAAACCCCCAUGUCCAACUCUUCAGUGGAGUUCCUGGAUAAUGCCUUCCGGAAAAGGUGGCGCACUCUGUUAUCAGUGGAUGACUUGGUGGAGAAGCUGGUGAAGCGGCUAGAGGCGCGGGGAGAGUUGGAUAAUACCUACAUCUUCUUCACCUCCGACAACGGCUACCACACAGGCCAGUUCUCUCUGCCCAUGGACAAGCGGCAGCUGUACGAGUUUGACAUUCGAGUGCCCCUGCUGGUGCGGGGACCAAACAUCAAGCCCAACCAGACAACUCCGAUGUUGGUGGCCAAUGUUGACUUGGGCCCCACCAUCCUAGACAUGGCUGGGAUCGACUACAACAAGACCCAAAUGGAUGGCAUGUCCUUCUUGUCUGUUUUGAGUGGUCAGGCGAACAGCAGCAGUUGGCGGACAGACGUGCUGGUGGAGUACGAGGGGGAGGGCAGUAACGUGACUGACCCCGCCUGCCCCCUGCUCGGCCCUGGAGUCUCGGAGUGUUUCCCAGACUGUGUGUGUGAAGACUCCUAUAAUAACACCUAUGCCUGUGUUCGCACAGUGUCCCCUACAGCCAACCUCCAGUACUGUGAAUUUGAUGACAAUGAGGUAUUUGUGGAGGUGUAUAAUCUGACGGCGGACCCGUUCCAGCUGAGCAACAUUGCUAAGAGCAUCCAGCAGGAGGUCCUGGAGAAGAUGAACCACCGGCUCAUGAUGCUGCAGUCGUGUGCCGCCCAGUCAUGCAGAACACCGGGAGUCUAUGACUCAAGGUACAAGUUUGACCCAAGGCUGAUGUUCAGCAACCACAGUCCCCACUUGAGAAAACUCCGCCAGACGCUCAAGUAAGACCGACUGAAGGGGAAACAAGGGAAAACGAGGGAUGAAGAGGGACGAAGAGGAGGAGGAGAGGAAGAUGAAAGCAGAGGCACGUCUCACCUUCCCUUCUGUUGUUGCCUUGCACCUCAACACCACCCCCCACCCCAACUCCAAUAAUUCCCCCUCCCCCAUCCUCUCUAUCUCUCAUUCCCAAAAUGUCAUUGUUCCAUCUCUCCUCCUCUCAUCCCUUCUUUUCUGCGGGGGUCAGAGGUCAAAUCUCCACACAGGGUGAGGAUGUUGUCUGAGGGCUGGACCUGUUAUCACUGGAGCCACUUUUUAUGAAAACAGCGUUGCCUUUAGCAUGUGUGUGUGUGUAUGUGUGUGGGUGUGUGUGUGUGUGUGUGUGUACUAUUAGUGUGUGUGGAAGGAUGUAUGCACAUGUGUGUGUACUCUAAGUGUGUGUGUGACAGCCCUAAUGACGCUGGUCAUCUUCACGCCGAGGGACACUGCCGUCUGUCAUAGCAGGUAUUCACUUCAGAUCAAACUCGAGGAUUAUAACCUUUGUUUUGGGGUCAUGUGUUCACUUCUGACCAUGUACCGAGUCUUUCUGGUUCAAUACUGCGUGUUGAAGUGUAUUUGUUAAUUUAGGGGUGUCUUUAGAGUUUUUGUUGUUGUCUAAAUGUACGCUUGUGUCCAAAUAGGAUCGAGUGGUAACAGAUAUUACAUGGCAGCCUCUCCAAAAACCACAUACAGUAUUUAGUUUUUAUUGACUUGUCAGUCUGUUUUCUACGUAUUUGUAGGCCUUACAUGUAGACAUUAGAGGUGUGCAUUUUGACGAGUUAACUAAAAUAUCUUCUUUUUUUUUUUUUUUUUUUUUUGUCUGAUUAAGGCCAAAGGUACCGUUAGCUCCAGCCACUCCAACUCAACUGUACUUUCUCAAAUGUCAGUUGACGUUUCAGACACACAUACACACGCACGCACACACACGCAUGCACAUGCACACACGCACACAUACACAUACACACACAGGCACAGGAAAUGGUAAAUGGAGGCAGGAGGACAGACAUUUAACCACUCGCAUGGCAAGGCUGCACCUGAUGAAACUGACGGUAUCAAUAUAACAAUCUGACCUGCACCGCUCGAAGGUAGGACAGGGUGACUGGACUACUCCAGCUGAAUCAGAACUGUAACACUAUGUAAAAUAACGGAGACGGGGGGGUCGGGCACAGACAUGUUUUUGUUUUGGUCCACUAUCAUUUCUCACGACUGUCGUGGUCUCCAUAACGGCCUGUGAUUACAGGCCCUUUUCAGUUGUCUAUGAGCCAAAGGGGGGAGAUCAGACUAUUGUAGGUUUUUAAAGGGUCACCAUUUCAUAAAUUUGGGACUGUGACAUGCCAAAUGAAUGAUGAUCAUUGCUAAAUGUGAAUAGAAAUACAAAGCUGAGGGCGAUUUCUGCCUAAAAAUUAAACAAGCUUAUUUUAUUAUGAGGGACUCGCAUGGGAUACAUGGUUUGUUUGAAAAUUCUAAAAAUUCCUCGGUUAAAAGAAGGAAAAAAAAACACACUUCCAUAGUCUCACACACAACCAACCCAAGCUUUCUAACGAGAAGGGAAUUUUAAUGCAUUAUGGAUUGGAAUACUUCACAAUAGAAAUGAGAUUCGGACUUAACGCUGUUUGCUCCUUAGCAUUCACUAUAAACUAGUAGGGCUUGACCUCUUCACGACUGGACACCGUAUAUGCCGAUAACCUGGUGCCUUUUUAUAUGAAGUACCGAGAUCGGGAUUUCAUUUUAUGCACCAAAAUCAUAAACGUGUUAAGGGUGGAGCUGUUGAAGUCCACCUUACUCCUACAGAAAAUGGUCCACAAACACAAAAACAUUGAGGUGACCUAGUUGAAGUCACUAACGCACUUUUCCAAUCUGUUUAGGAUUUACAGAUGUUAUUUUGCACUGUAGAGAUUUUUUUCCUCCUAUCAACAAUAAUGUUUUUUUUGUUACAGUCAGUACAAUACAGUAAAUAAGUACAUUUGUUGGCUUGUGUGAUUGAUCAAUAAAGCAAUGUGAAAAUUA